AUGGGAUUUGUUGACAUUGCGGAGGUGUGUCUCUUCGAGUCCUUCGUUAUCAUAUCACCAAUCACGUAACAUGUUAUGGUAAUGGGGUGAAUAUAUGUACCGACUAGUGUCACGGUGAAGGAGUCCUGUUUUGUUACUUUUUAUCAAUACCAUUGCCGAGAUUACCCCGUGCCGGAUCUGCAGGAGUGGGUAAUUAUAAGUUACGAGUCUGUGGAAGAGAUAAGGAAGAUGUGGCUGUACCUAGCUAUCGGUGUGGGUAUUCUGGCUGUUGUGUAUAUAAACAUACCCCUCCCUCCCCUUACCCCCACCAUGUUGGCUUGGAGAAAUGGAGGCAACUUCUUCAAAUUCGGAAACCACAACAUCUUCUAUAGAGUGGAGAGAGGGAGUAACACAGUAGGCGGGGUUCUUCUGAUUUUCCAUGGAUUCCCCACCUCAAGUCAUGACUGGAUCAAGGUGUUACCAGGCUUACAAAAACAGCACAGUCAAGUGAUUCUCUUUGAUAUGAUUGGUUAUGGACUCAGUGAUAAACCGUUUGACCAUGACUACUCUAUCAUGGAACAAGCUGAUAUUGCAGAAGAAUUAUUGAAGAAACUGAAAAUUACUCAAGUUCAUUUCCUGUCACAUGACUAUGGAGACACAGUUGCCCUGGAAAUGCUGGCAAGAUUCCAUCAGAAAAGGACGGACCUGAAAAUACUCUCACUUUGUUUAAGUAAUGGAGGUAUAUUUCCAGAAACAAAUUUCCCAAGACCAACUCAAAGAAUACUGACCAUUCCUUACCUUGGGGCCAUUUUAUGUAGGCUGUCUUUUUACAGAGCAUUCAGAAGAGGGUUUGGUGAAGUAUUUGGAGUCCAUACCCAACCUACAGAGGCUGAAUUCCGAGACUUCCACGCUGCCACUUGGAAUAAUCAUGGUUACCUAAUAACGUACAAACUUCUGGGAUAUCUUGCUGAGAGAAGCCAACACAAAAAAAGAUGGGUAGGAGCUCUGCAGGAAGCGACCAUUCCCGUGCACAUGAUUUAUGGUCCAUCAGAUCCUGUUAACCCUUCUGUCUUCAUUGAUCACUACAAGAAGACUGUCCCUAGGCAUGGAAUUACAGUGUUAAGCCCGGAUAUCUCACAUUACCCCCAGUGGGAGGCCCCAGAGGAGUUCACUCAGGCUUACACAGGGUUUCAUCAACAACUACCAAAGUGAAAGUGAAACUAGAGAGUAUUAAAUGCAUUUUGAUGGAGAGGUCAACAAAUGAACAAUGAACAAAAGAGAACUUGAACAGUGAUACAAGCAAGAUUUGUAUUUUAUAUUGCAUCAAUAAUAAAAGCACUUUUUAUUGAA